AUGAAUUCCGAGAAGCGCCAGACUAUUGAGUCCUACUUCAUUUCUUCGCAUAAAAAAUCGCGCACUGAUGAACAACAAACAGAUUCAACUAUAGUUAUCCCUUCCUCACUGUCGAUACCCGAAUUUCAACAGCCUACAACUGCCACCGCUGUUUCAUGUUCCGAAGAUCAAACAACUUCUGAUUCUAUUUCUGACACGUCGUCUUCGUCUCUCGCCAACUCCGUUGGUUUAAACGAGAGCUUCGAAGCAACAUCUAUUCCAAAUGAUAUUAGUAAAUCAUCGUUCGAUCCUCCGGCUCAACCAAAACUAGGGACUUAUCCAGUUAAUCAACAAAAACGAUCCUUUCAAUCUGCUUGGUAUACUGAUAGACAAUGGCUGGAAUAUUCUGUUGAAAAUAAUUCAUGUUUCUGUUACUAUUGUCGACAUUUUUCUUGGAAUAAAUUAGCUGUACGUGAUGCUUUUUCAACAUCUGGUUUUAAUAAUUGGAAGAAAGCGCUGGACAAUCGUGCUGGCUUAAUCAAACAUGCAUCAUCUUCAUCUCAUUUAACUGCAACAAAAAACUAUCUAUCGUAUAAACAACGAGAAGAAACUUGUUCCAAUAUUGUUCAGAAGUUAGAUUCUGGUCGCACGAUUCGAAUUCGAAAAAAUCGCGAUCGUCUCACCAAGAUUUGCUCAACUCUACUGGUCUUAUCGCGUCAAAUGAUUGGUCUGAGAGGACACGUCGAGAACGAGCGGAGUUCCAAUCGGGGUAAUUUCUUGGAGAUUCUUCAUUGGGCGGCGAAAACUGAUCCAAUUGUCCAAUCAAUUUUUGAAGAUUCCACAAGCAAUGCUACUUACUUGAGUCAUGAUAUUCAAAAUGAACUGAUCCACAUCAUGGGUAAUCAAAUUCGCGAAAAAGUUUCGUCAAUGGUGAAUGGCUGUAUGUAUGCAUUAAUGGCUGAUGAGUGCCGCGACAUAAGCGGUCACCAGCAACUAUCCAUUGUAAUUCGUUUCGUUCGUGAUUUGAAUGAUCGCAUGGCGAGCAGCACAGACGUAGUGAAAGAAUAUUUUCUUGGUUUCGUUCCAUUGGAAGCAUUUGACGCCGCAACACUGGCACAAAAUAUUGUUGAAUUUUUGAAACAAUUGAAUAUUCCUUUGCAGUCGUGUAUCUGUCUUUGCUUCGACGGUGCAUCGGUGACGUCAGGUUGUCAUGCUGGGGUUCAUGUGCAUCUGAGAAAAUUUAUGCCAAAGGCCGUGUAUGUUCACUGCUCGGCUCAUCGACUUAAUUUAGUUAUUAGUGACACCUGCAAGGCAGUUUAUUACAUGUUGGAUUACUUUUCGAUCGUUGUUAACAUCUACUCAUUCUUCACCGAAUCUGGUGUGACUAAUGCAUACUUUAAGAAGGCGCAAAAGGAAUUAGGAUUAAUUCAAUCGUCGACACUUAAGUUAUGGGCCUGGACAAGAUGGGAUUCUCGCUGGCAAGCUAUUGAUUCUAUGAUUGACAAUUUUCCGGCAAUUCUCAGAGCACUUGAUGAUGUUAGCGAAGAAAGUAGUGGUGCGAGAUCGAUCAACGCGGGUGGGUUGUUAGUUCAUGUGAAAAGGUCAAUCUUUAUCAUUACUUCAUUCAUUCUUCAUCGAUUGUUCGGUUUAAUCAAAGUCUUGAGUGAUCAUUUGAAAAGUUCUUCUGUUGAUUAUGUUCGUGGCGAGCAUUUGAUCAAGUCGAUUAUAAAACAAAUUGAAGAUCUUCGCAAUGAACAAUCCUUUGGAGAAAUUUAUGCAAAAGCAAAAGACUUUUGUGACGCGAACAACGUUGACUUGCUCCAGCAGUAUCGAUCUCGCCGAGUGACAGCAGUACCAGCCAGGUUUGAAGCGUUUGUUAUCGACUCAACGCUCGGACAGCGCGAAGUCUUAUCGUCAUCCACAGACUUCAUGAAUCGAAUUUAUUUUCCAUUGAUUGACUGUAUGUUAGUUGAAUUGAAUGAUAGGUUUUCGUCGCAGACGCUGUCACUUAUGAAAAGUAUUUCUACGGUGUAUCCAGAGAGCGGUAAUUUCCUCGAUACAAAUGAUAUCAAUGAAUUUAGCCAGCAUACUGAUGCCGAUGCUAAUGCACUAAGAAAUGAAUUUCUUGUCAUCAAGCCUAUGCUUCAAUCAAAAUCAAUUACAGACGUGAUCAGCUUCCUGAAUGAAUUGAUUCCAUUAUCAGGAGCGUUUCCGCAAACUCUACGAAUGAUUAAAAAUGCCAUAACCAUGCCAAUUUCCCAAGUGACAUGCGAGAGAUCCUUCUCGAAAAUGAAAAUCAUUAAAAACUAUCUUCGCAAUUCCAUGACCGAUCAACGGUUGAGCGAUUUAGCAGUAUUGGCCGUAGAACGUGAUUUUGAAAUAGAUUUUGAACGAGUGAUAGAUAAGUUUUCGAUCAACCAUAAAAACAGUAGAAUACUGCUGCAUUAA